GCCCUGCCCCCCCUUGCGACCGACUCCGUGUUACCGCCACCACAACUCGUUACCAUCAUCACCUCGUUACCAUCACCUCGUUACCACCACAACUCAUUACUCACCAUCACCUCGUUACCACCACCACAACUCAUUACCACCACCUCGUUACCAUCACCUUCACCUCGUUACCACCGCCAUCACCUCGUUACCAUCACCUCGUUACCAUCGCCUCGUUACCACCACUCAUUAAACAUCCGUAAUUAAAGUAUAUCUGUUGAGAAACCUCGCUGCUGCGGUACGCGGAGUGCGCGUACACGUGUGUGUGCGGACAUGAUGCCCGGAGCCCUGAGGCGCUGGGCCAGGCUGGGUGGCACCGCGCUCUCCCUGGCAUUGGGCACUGGCCUCGGCACGUGGCUGGAGCGGCGGAGGCGGCGUACAGGGCACGGGAGCGCAGACGCGGACGCAGGGGCCCCGGGCACCACCGCCUCCCUCUGGGAUGACCUCUGGCAGUGCCCGGUGCUGCCCGUGCCCAGCGUUCACGCGGCAACCAUUGGCGUUGGUGGUGGGCAGCUGACGAGCCGCUCCGCGGCGGAGUUGUCCACGUUUGGGCUGCCCGGCGUGGCCCAGCUGCGCUCCCGCACCGCCUACCUGGUGUCGUACGACGCGCGCACGCGCACGCCCGCCUGGGUGCUGGAGAAACUCGACUCGGUCGGCCUGCGGGGAGACGCCACGAGGCAGAACUGCGAGUUCCUCGAGGACGAGAGUGUGCACGCAUUCCACCGCGCCACCAACGGCGACUUCCGGGGCAGCGGCUACGACCGGGGACACAUGGCGGCCGCGGCCAACCACAAGGCGUCGCGCGAGGCCAUGCGGGACACCUUCCUGCUCACCAACAUUGUGCCGCAGAACCCUCAGAUGAACCAGAACGCGUGGAAUGACCUGGAGCAGUACUGCCGUGGCCUCACCAAGCAGUACGCACACGUCUACGUGUGCACCGGGCCUCUCUACCUGCCCAGGAGGGAGGCGGACGGCAAGACCUACGUGCGUUACGAGGUGAUCGGGCCCAACACGGUGGCCGUGCCCACGCACCUGUUCAAGUUGCUCAUCCUGCAGAAGCACGCGGAGGGGGGUGACGUGGAGCUGCGCGCGUUCGUGAUGCCCAACGAGGCGAUCUCGAGCGGCGUGCCGCGCGAGCGCUUCCUGGUGCCGCUCGAGAGCCUGGAGCGGGCCUCGGGCCUCCUUUUCCAGCCCAACGUCGAGCGCCGGCUCAGGGGUGGUGCCAGGGUCAUCUCCGUCCUGGGCCAGUCGGGACAGGGGCAGCUGGGGCAGCUGGGCCAGGGGCAGCAGCUGCCCGCUCUGAAGCCGCCGCCCCCCAAGGCGUGAGGGUGGCAGGCGAUCCCCCCGGGGGGCGGCGGCGGCGGUGCCACGGAGUCUCUUCGCGGUUCCAAACGAAGCUCAGCUGGUCUCGUACGACGGUGGAGGCACCAUUAUGGGAGCGUGGGAGUUUCCACCGCUGGCCACGGCCCCCCCGCCGUUGGUGAACUGGGCAGGAGUGGACGCCAACUUGGUUGAGGAUUUUCCAUGGUGACCUUGCGUGCGACGUCGAUGACUGCUGUGCGGGGAGGGAGGGAGAUGGACGCAGCGCCCGGAGGGGAACGCACGCGUGUACGUCGAGACGACGCGAGGUCACGGGGUCGCCGCCCCACGUGCUGCACUGCCAUCUGCUGGCCACCUCGCUGUGAUGUUAUCCCCCGAGGGAUGCACCAACUGUACUCCAGUUGAAAUGUUCAUUUUCAGAUUCUGAUAAUAGUUGCAGCGCGCCAUAACGUCGGUACUUUCCCCCGCACCUCAACUCCGAUCAGCGCGGUUGGCUCCGUAGUUUAACGUACAUACAAGGUGCUUCUUACAUUCGUGACAUUUGAGUUAAGUGGUUCCGAGUUAAAAUGACAAAUAAAAAGGCCUUCUGAAGAAGAGGAGCUAUUGUCGGCGGGACUUGGAAGAUCGCAACUCGAAGCGGACUGCCCGACGGCCCUCGCCAGAGACUUCCAGUCGAGGGGCAAUGGAAGCGAAGGCCCGCACAUCGCCGUCCAUGGAGCAUCGCUCUGGGGAUGUGUAGAUCCAGGACCGUCAACCCCAGGGUUCUUUUUAACACGUAGUAGUCGUAGGUUUCCGCGACUGAUAUUAUCCAUAAUGAAGGUUGUUUUUUGGGGUGAGAUCGCGUAAUUAUGAACGUGUGUUUGAGAGUAAACCCACAACAUUUACAGUUAUUAUUGGAAUGUGGGGGCGCAGUAGCUCCAGAAUGUAUACGGGGGGGGGGGGGGGUACGAGAGCAAUCAGGGCCCUUAAAUGUGAUGAUCUUGAAUUCAAUACGGAGUUUAGCUGGCAGCGAGUGAGGCGGUGCACUAACAGGGAUGUGCUCCGAAUGAGGAGUGGCGGUGGGUCAGGACCCUAGCCGCUGCAUUCUGAAUGGACCGGAGUUGACUCGAGUGCCGGGUUCGGCACGCUGCCGCUCUUUAAGGACUGCGGUGCGGGUCUUGAAACUUGAAAAAAAAUGGCUCUUGUUGUUUUGGUUGCCGACUCCUGACCAUCGAAGCCCUAGUUCACCGUGGAAGUCCAGUUCACCGUUGAAGUCCAGUUCACCAUGGAAGUCCAGUUCACCGUGAAAGUCCUGUUCACCGUGGAAGUCCUGUUCACCGUGGAAGUCCAGUUCACCGUGGAAGUCCAGUUCACCGUGGAAGUCCAGUUCACCGUGGAAGUGCACCACAGUGCAAUGCGGCUCUUGAAAUGUCUCGUUGCUUUAGUUAGCGACCCCUGCACUAGUCGGUGUGCGAGGAGACACGAGCAUGUCUGUUGGACUUGUUUCGCACCCCACGUAGCCAACCGUGCUGAUGGGAGGUGCGGGGGAAGGACAACCAAUCUCCUCGACUGCCUGUGAGCGGCGUACGUCGGGUGAAGCGCUCUACGUAUAGCCGGCGAAGGAAGGUCUGUUUCGCGAUCGAAAAAUAAAAUGUUUCCGUCCCGUCAGCCUCGCAGGCUUCUGAAGCGUAACUCAAACGCCAAGUAGGACUCGUGUUUCAUUUUUGGCACGUUCGCAGUGAGACGCGGAGAAACGGGGUCUCCCCUGUGCGGCGCGAGAGGAGUUUACGAUCUGGGGAUGGAACCGUAACGCCGCGUCGUCGUUUGUCGGAAGAGCCGCCCGUCCCAUCCGCCGGUGGCAGCAUCUCAAGCAGAGCGCUUGACACACGUGGUACGCGACUCGCAUCGAGAGCGAGCUGCUCCAGGCGAGCCGUCGUUGGCCAUCGGCGCAAUGCAGUAAUCUCCUUCACCGAGCUGCAGCUUCCGUCCCCCGACCUUCAAAGCACAACCCCCACCGCUUCUCCUCCGAGCCCAUCCUUGCGACUGCUCCUCACUGCCCCCAUCACGACCAGGCCGAUCCCAACCCGUACCACCGUACCACUACCCGUACCACUUCCCGUACCACUUCCCGUACCACUACCCGUACCACUACCCGUACCACCCCUCUUUAACCUCACCCGUCAAUUCUGCCACCAUAACUGCACCACUUUUAACAACCCCAUAUUUACAAUCGCUGUAAAGCGCCUUUGAAUAAGGCGCUUUAUACAUCUAUACAAUUCUAGAUUUGAAGCUUUCGUGACUGCAAGGAUUCAUAUUCUUAGGUUUUUUCGGUAAAGUCACGUAGGUGAAAAUUUUAAAUUCCACCUGAAGACGGAAGCUUGUGUUGCCUCCGAAACGUCGUGAUUUUUAUUAUUUUUUAUUAAUUUUUUACCUACGUGACAUCUAUACAAGUUCAUUCAACACCUUCAAUCAAUUAUAUCACAACCAACAAUGCUCUUCGCCUAUGUAUACAAAGCAUCGGACACUCCUGUACAACUAUGCCGGACGAGUGCCUCCGAAAUGCAUCGAAAACUCCGAAAAACUUUAUUUGACCAGGUUCGGCCCACUGAGCUACGUAGCGCUUUUUUAGAAGUGACUUGGCCACAAAUGAAAACUCAGCCAAGUGGCUAAUCACGUGGAUAUUUACUGCACGAUUUUAAAAUGUGGAGGGGAAAAACCGGAGGACCUGGAGAACAUGUUUACGCGACCACGGGGAGAGACGUUGGGAUGGAUCCCACGACCUCCUGCCUAUCUGGCGAGGUAGUUAACAUCCCACCCCCGUGGCGCCUGCAUUCUCGAAAUGUACGUGACACGCACACGUCCCAGGACGACCAGCAGCUGGCCCGCGGGGAUGUGAGGGCCUCGCCGGAACUGCAGUUCAUGCCGAUGGCUUAAGGUAGCCACUGGUGGGAAAUUCGUGCCAAAACAACUUCUCGGUGGGCCCUCAUGGACCACCCCCCCCCCCCCGUUCACCACGCGGACACUGGCAUGCAGGAAUCCAUUUAUUUUGCGUUUUAACAAAAAGAAAUAACAAAAAAAAAGUUCUCAAAGUAUUUUGUCGCAAAUAAACGUCAUUACGGCCA